CUGCCAAACGCACCGCUAAUGAAGACAGCAGCGAAGCAAAUGUAGAAGAACCAGCAGUAACAGGAAGUACAAGCACAUUUCAUUACGGCAGUGAAAGAUACACAUUCAAGUGACUGAGAUUAACCCACAUGGCUGUAACAAACACCUUUCAAGCUUUUGAGCUGGGUGACUCAUAUGAUUUGGGGAAUGACACAGACUACAAUUACAGCAACAUAAAAGAAGAAGAAGAAACCUUCUGUGAGGACAAUAAGGGGAUUGGCUGGCAGACCUUUCAUGCCAUGUUUCAACCUCUGCUGUACAGCUUGAGCUUCCUGCUGGGUGUGGCAGGGAAUGGCCUGAUGAUAACAGUCCUCCUGAGACGUUGGCGCCUCCUGCGCAUCACUGAGAUCUACCUGCUGCACCUCGCCCUGGCUGACCUCAUGCUCCUUGUCACGUUUCCUUUUUAUGUAGUUGAAAAUAUAAAUGGUUGGCUGUUUGGGGAGUUUCUCUGCAAGCUUAUUGGCCUGAUGCAAAAUCUUAACCUCCACUGUGGGUGUUUCCUUCUAGCAUGCAUUGGGUUUGAUCGCUAUUUGGCUAUUGUUCAUGCUAUUCCUAGUAUGCAAAGUCGACGUCCAAGAACAGUGCACCUGACAUGCAUGUUAUUGUGGCUGGUCUGUUUUGGUUUAUCAGUACCCAAUGCUGUGUUUCUUUCUGUAAAGGAAGACCCUACGAGCACACCUAGGCUCUCCUGUUUCUAUCAUCAUUUCUCUAUCCAUGCAAGCAACUGGGUUUUGGCCAACAGAGUUUUAGAUCAUCUGUGCUUUUUCCUACCUCUGGCUGUCAUGAGCUAUUGUUACACAGCAGUGGUAGUUACUUUGCGCAACAGUCAAAAAAGCAAAGCUAAGCAAGGGGCAAUUCGAUUGGCUGUCCUUGUCACUCUCAUUUUUUUCUUCUGUUGGCUGCCUUAUAAUAUCACCUUACUGAUAAAAACUGUGAGUGACCAAUAUAAUAUAAACUGUGAACUUAUGGUCAACCUGCCUCCCGCCCUUGAUCUGACGAAGAGCCUGGGGUUCUCACACUGUUGCCUGAACCCUUUCUUGUACGCCUUUGUUGGGGUGCGGUUUCGCAGGGAGCUUAUACGCUUAAUUUGUAAACUGGGCUGCAGCCGAGUUUGCCUAUCUUUCAUUAGACCUCAAGGUCACAGUCGCCCUUCCAUUUCUGAUGGAGCAACAACAACCAGCACCAUCCUCAUCUAAUUAACUCUUAUACAAUGUCAGCUGUAACUAAAAUGCUUCCGUUUGGUUCUGCAAUAUUUCAUUUGUAAUGAUGUUUUAAAUUUUAUCAGAUGUUCUGACAAUACAGUACCCAUUGCUUCUUUGAUUGCAUUUAAAAGAUGUUUUAUUUACCCAGUCAAGAAAAAAAUGUUAUUGUUGGCCGGAAACUGUUUUUUGCUUGUAUUUUAGCUUCUGCUACUUGAACUUAAUAAAGAUUUCAUAUAUUAUACAG